AUGGCACUUCCUAGUGGCCUCCCUACAUUGCGCUCCUUCUCUACAGGGAAUUACACUCGAGUGGACAAUGUUUUCUGCUCCGAAGAGCUCACUGAUCGUGUCAUUAUCUGCAGAACCACUCCGGAGAGACAACCCAUCAAAACCGACCAUUUCCCAAUUGUCACAGUACUUGACUUACAGAACCGUGUGGUGGAGAAGCGAGAGCGAUGGAACUGGGCGCAGGUGGACUGGGAAGAUUUCCGGGAGACGUUGAAGGAAGAGGUGCAGAUAUUGGGCGACCCGAGGGAACUGGAGACAGAGGCGCAGUUUUGGGAGGCACUAACAGCUUUCGAUCGAGUGGUGGAAAAGGUAGUGAAGGAGAAAGUGCCUCGAGCACGGCCAAGCCCCCACCAGCGUAGAUGGUGGAACUCGGAGCUGGAUACCCUCCGACACCAUCGCAACGCAUUAUCAGCCCAAUCGUACAAGAACCGC